AUGGACCACAAGUCAAAGCUUUAUGAAUGUAAAAAGAGAAAUGAGCAGAAAAUAAUCGAUAUACAAAGCCUUGAAUCCAGAAUAAGCCAAGCUCGAGCCCAAAUUGAAGUGAAAAAGAGCUCUCUAGGUGAAUUGAGACGGAAACAAGCACAAUAUAGACGUACACAAUCAGCACAAUCACAAAAGCAACCUACUUCCAAUAGAUCAGAUGCAAUCAAUCCAUCGAUGCCGCUUAGACGCAGACGCGAUCUCAUCCAGCUACUACCGACAACACCUGACAUGAUUUGCAAGAAGCUAGAGCUGUACAUCAAGCGUCAAUUCGAGAUGCAAAAGUUCAUCAGUGGAGCAGAAAUUAACCAGAUCAAACAUUUAAUAGACAGAUUACCAGAGAAGCACGACAAACAGCAGACGUAUCACAUGGUGAAUUCACUGCUACAACAUGUAAAGGACAUGCCAAAACCCGAAUACUGUGCUUUUCAAAUACUGGAGACAAAAGAGUACAAGGACAUUCAGGCAUCUGCAUCCAAACAGAAACAGGAGAUCGAGCAGUUGACUAAACGAAAAGAUGAAUUGGAACUGAAGAUUAGAGAAUCAGAGAGCACCCUGAUCCAGCGCAUUCGAGAAGUUCAUGUCGACCCCGUGGUUCAAUCUGCUGUAGCAAAGAACAUACGAAUCAAAGCGACCGCUCAGCAAGUGAAUGUCGAGCUACAGUCCCUGAUGAAUCAAGCUGACUCUCUUGUAGAAGAAAUCACAUCAUCCAAAGAAUUCCAAGCACCUGCAAAUAAAGAAUCAAUCAUGAAGGAUUACGAAACGAAAAUAAUAAAAGCUGUGCAGUCUCUCCAUAGUUUGAUACAUGCCAACGAGACUGGAAAUACCGCCAUUCGAGAGAGUAGAGUGCAAGCGAAAGACGAGAAUAGAGAAAAGAUCGAACAGUUAAUGGACAGCAUCAAAAAGGAGAAAGUAAGACUACAAUUAGAGCGAUUGCAACCCUUCAAGCCAAGCAACAGGGCCACCACGAGCCCUUCCAAAGAUCAUGCUUUGGAGGAGGCAACUAUCAUCAAAAACACGCUGAGCCCACAUGCAUCCAUAUCCCUGGGAGAGGCAUUAUCUCAAAUUGUAAAUUUAAUAGAAUCAAUAGACUACCUGUCAAAAGAGUCAGUGGAAAGUGUGUGUACAGAUAUCAGAGAGACAUUGGACAAACUAGUCAAGAAGUGGGAAUCGUCAUUGCACAGACAACAUAUUCCAAUACCACAAAACAUACCCGAGGUGCAUGAUGGCAUUGACAAUGUUAUACAGUCCGUGGAUGCCUUACGAGAUCACCUUGAGCACACGGAACUGCAGUAUAUUGAGGAACAAAAAGUAAAGCUCAAGGCGAAUAUGGACAUGGCAGAACGCAUUGAAGAAGAAAUGAAAACGGCACACGUGUAUUUGCAAGAAAGAUCCUUGAUAAACCAGGUUGGCAAAGAAUAUGAAAUCGAUUCCAAGAACUUCAAAGAGUGGCUAGAACGACUCGAAGUGGAUCCUAAACAGACACAAGUGUAA